UUAGGAGACGCUCUAGGCAGGAGCAGUAAAAUAGGGCUUUGCCCCUCUAGGACGCAGCCGCGUCUGGGCGGGCGGGGGAACCUGUGGAGGGAGCGACUUGCAGCUGCUCUUCUCCGCCUCGGAAGCCCUGAGGGAGCGGAGCCCCGCCCCCUUCUCCCCCUCAAACCGGGAAAGGGGCGGGGCGACCGGGUGGGGGAGGGUCCGCCGUGACCGAAGGCGGCCUCUGAGGGAAUUUCCUCCCGUCGGGGCUGCGCUGAAGCCGGAGACCGAAUGGAGGCCCGGGGGUCUCCCUUGAAAGCGGGGAGCGGCCUCCCCGAGGGGCCCCGCAGCUCCGAGGCUGAGCGCUGGCGGUUCCGCAGCUGCCGCUCCCUGGAAGCCGAGGGGCCCCGGGCGCUCUGCAGCCGCCUGCACGGGCUGUGCCGGGGGUGGCUGCGGCCCGAGCGGCGCAGCAAAGCCGAGAUGCUGGACCUGGUGGUGCUGGAGCAGCUGCUGGCCCUGCUGCCCCCGGAGCUGUCGGGCUGGCUGAGGGAGUGCGGGGCGGAGAGCUGCGCCCAGGCGGUGGCCCUGGCCGAAGGCUGCCUCCUCGGCCCACCAGCCGCCCCGGAGCCCGGAAAGGGGCGGCAGUUGCAGGAGCCAUCCAUUGGAGAGAUCUCAGAAGAGCUCCAGGGAAGAGGAGAUCCAUCUAAUGAUUCUGAAGAGAUUCUUUUUAGGAGAAUCCAACUGGGGACACCUUGCCAGUUAAAUGACUCUGAUCCCUUUGAGGAGGUGGCUGUGGACUUCACAGAGGAGGAGUGGGAGCUGCUGGAUUCGGGCCAGAAGGCCUUGUGCAGGGAAGUCAUGCUGGAGGUUUCUAUGAAUUUGGCCGCUCUGGCAGGCGAUGGUGAUGGUGAUGGUGAUGGUGAUGGUGAUGAUCUGGGGAAUGAAAACGAAAAGCAGCCACCAUUAUCAUCUGCCAAGAGUCAUUCCUCCUCUCUUACAUUACCUAACAUACCGCAUUGGAAACCAGAGACAUUUUCAGAAUAUGAGGGCGAGUUCAGUCUAAUUUGCACGAACUGUGGAAAGAGCUUCAUUAGUUCGAGUAAUCUUAAUUGCCCUCAGAGCAGCCACAUAGGUGAGGGGCUAUAUACUUGUCCAGAAUGUGAAAAAAGCUUUUGCCAGGAAACAGAGAUGAUUUAUCCUACAAUGAUCCACACAGGGCACAGACCAUAUAAUUGCCUGGAGUGUGGAAGGAGCUUUUUUGAGAACAGUGAUUUUACUCGACAUCAAAGGAGCCACAUAGUGGACAAACUGUAUAAAUGCCUGGAGUGUGGAAAGAGUUUCACUCAGAAAGGAAAACUUAAUUCUCAUAAAAAAAUCCACACUGGGGAGAGACCGUACAAAUGCAUGGAGUGUGGAAAGAGCUUUAUUGACAACUGGCACCUUACUUUCCACCAAAGGAUGCACACGGGGGAAAGACCGUAUAAAUGCUUGGAGUGUGGGAAAAGCUUUAACUGGAGCAAAGAUCUUAUUCGUCACGAACGGAUCCACACUGGGGAGAGACCUUAUAAAUGCUUCGAGUGUGGAAAGACUUUUGCCCAGAAAGGAUGUCUUACUGGUCAUGAAAGGAUCCACACAGGGGAGAAACCAUAUAAGUGCACAGAGUGUGGAAAAAGCUUUACUCAAACAGUACAACUUAAUGCUCAUAAAAGAAUGCACACGGGGGAGAGACCAUAUAAAUGCUUAGUAUGUGGGAAAAGCUUCAAUUGGAGCAGAGGUCUAAUACAUCAUGAAAGGAUCCACACAGGGGAGAGACCAUAUAAGUGCACGGAGUGUGGAAAAAGCUUUUCUCAAACAGCACAUCUUAAUACUCAUAAAAAGAUCCACACUGGGGAGAGACCAUAUAAAUGCUUGGUUUGUGGUAAGAGUUUUGCUCGGAAAGGAUGCCUUGCUGGUCACGAAACAAUUCACACAGGGGAUAAACCAUAUAAAUGCACAGAGUGUGGAAAGAGCUUUGCUCGGACAGGACAUCUUUAUUCUCACAAAAGGACCCACUCAGUAGAGAAACCAUAUACAUGCUUGGAGUGUGGAAAAAGCUUUAACUGGAACAGAGAUCUUACUCGCCAUAAAAGAGUCCAUACAGGGGAGAGGCCAUAUAAAUGCAUAGAGUGUGGGAGAAGCUUUGCUCAAAUAGGGGCACUUAAUUCCCAUAAAAGAAUCCACAUGGAGGAGGGACCAUAUAAAUGCAUGUAGUGUGGAGAAAGCUUUAACAAUUACAAGACAUUUACUCAUGAAAGAAUCCACAUAGAAAUUCCAUAUUAAUGGAGUGUGGAAAUAAUUUUACUGGGAAAGAACAUCUUGCUCGUCAUGAAAGGAUCCACGCUGGGAGGAAACCUUCCAAAUGGACAAAGUGGAAAAACCUCCAGUAGAAACUCUUUAUCUGGCUCACCAUUAAAGGAUCCACGCAGGAGAAAAAUCCUGUCAAUGUAGGGAGUGUAGAAAAAGCUUUUUUUGGGAAGGAUAUCAUAAUUCUCAGGAAAGAAUGCCCACAGAAGAAAUGAUAUAAAUCAAUGGAGCAACCUUUCUGGUCCCAAAUACUGGAAUUUAUUCAGAGCAGCCAGGUGUUCCCUUUCCAAGUUUGACCUGCAUUUUUCUGGAAAGACUGAUGCAAAAUGGGAAUUAAGCCCUUUAGUUUCCUCCUCAUUGCCCAUCACCAUCUUACUAUCUUCCAACCAGAGGACUGAUGGCUUCUUUGACUUCCCUCUUAAUUUAUUGGGGGGAGGGAAAAAACUGUAAAACAGAAAUGGAAUCUUCAUCAUUAUUCUAGUCAUUGUCUAUCCGCUGCAGGAUGAUCUGUUCUGCAUGUUUCCAAACCAAUAUGGUCAUGAGAUUUGCUUUGCUAUUUGGGCCCGCAAUAGUUGUUGAUGUUGUCACUGUGUCUUGUUGUGCCUCUCUAUUGUGGACACUUUUUAUCACGUGGAAUCCAUUCUAUGACUGCCUUUAUCCACCGGUUCUUGCAUUUCCAUUUCUAUUCUUUUACUCUUUAGAAGGCAUCGUAUAUUUAUUCUCUAGUCAAUGUCUUUCUAUGUUGUCUUGUGAUGCUGAGCAUGUAUCUGAAAUUGCGUACAUUUACCAAAUUUAGAAAGGAUUUCAAUCUGCAGAUGUUAAUUCCCACAAAAUAGUGUUCGUAUUUCUUCCCUUUCUUCUUUAGCUAAAGAAAUAUUGUCAUUCCCUUUUGUUAUUUUUUGACCAAGAGAAGUUGAAGGAGUGAGGUCAGCCCAGGAAAGAUCACCUCCUUUUGAGCAGUUGCCAACGCAAUUAUUCUUCACCAACACAUUUUGGAGAAGAAACUUUAUAUCCUUGGAACCUUAUUAAUAAACUCGUAUAGCAUGUAAUUUU